UGGUUGGCCGUAGCAUAGAUCUUAUCAAAGAGGCAACCGGCAAAAACGGUGGGUGUGGUUUCACUCAUUCCGUCGACGAUGCGGUGUUCGUGGCUACUUCGGAGCCUUUUGGCCCUGGUGAUGUACGUGGCAGUGACUAGGUCCUCCUGCUUCGUUGCCAACGCUCCUGCGAGCACAGGCUUGCGAGGGGGUACUUCGAGGGUGGCAAGAGCAGCAGUUCAGCUGGACAUUCCCAUGAAAGAAUCUGACCUCACUCAGCCGAAGGAGGAACCUGAUCGAACGACUUACUUGGUGGGCUUUGUGCCCUUUGCUGAGCAGCUCAAUGGCCGGAUCGCCAUGAUCUUCUUCUUCGUCCUGAUCUUGCAGGAGUAUUUCGUCGGCAAGGGCCUCUUUGAGCAGAUCUCAGACCUGUUCGGGUCUGGCUGAUGGCUGCUCCUUGAGGUCCCAUAAAUGACAGGCGAGAGAAGCGGAGUAAUAGUUGCAAUUUUCUUCGUCUCACAGCUUGUGGUGCAAAUGGCACAAAGCAA